CGGCGCACCGGGUCAAGGGUCGGCCGCGGAAGAUGGCGGCUGCGGUGACCUUCCGCCGGCUCCUGGGCCUGCCUGGGGUGGCCAGGGGUUUCGGGGUGUGCGCCUCGCCGAGCGGGGAGAAGAUUACGCACACCGGCCAGGUUUAUGAUGACAAGGACUACAGGAAAAUUCGGUUUUUAGGUCGUCAGAAAGAGGUGAAUGAAAACUUUGCCAUUGACUUGAUAGCAGAGCAACCCGUGAGUCAAGUGGACACUCGAGUAAUCUCCUGUGAUGGCGGUGGGGGGGCCCUCGGCCACCCCAAAGUGUACAUCAACUUGGACAAAGAAACAAAAACUGGGACAUGUGGUUAUUGUGGACUUCGCUUUACGCAGCACCACCGUCACUAGAGCAAGGCGUGCACUGUGGUCCUCCGGAGCAUGCGCGUGAGCGUUUCCAUAUUAAAUAUGAAGUAUGUGAAGGUCACGAGCUCUGCAUGAAGGGUGUUCCUCGUGCUGAAUAAAGGUAUUGCCAUCAAGGGUGACGAA